UUGUUUUCUUUUUGAGCACUUUGUUCUCUGACCAUACAAGCUGCAGCAGCUACUGUGACGUAUACCCUACCCUAUUCCCCCCUGCCCCCAGAUAAAACCAGAAAUACCCACUGUGUUUUUCUCUCCCUUCUUUGGAAAGCACAUGGUUGCUGCUGCCAUUGGGAAGAGUGAUACUCGAUCAGCCAGCUAGCCUCCUGAAAAUUGAAACAAGUGGCCAGAGGAUGACUUGGAUGUUGGGUAGCAGAGAGAGCCCUGAAGGCAGGGUUUCAUAACUGCAAACAGCAGUUUUCAUUGUAAUUGAUGAGCUUCCCUUAUGCAGAAACAUUUAAAGGUACCCUUUUAAAUAAUGUUUACUAAUCAUCUGAUUAAAUUUUAUUAAAAAUUUAGAUGAUUCUUCAUAAUGUCACAGUGUUCAAAAACUUGACAGUGUUUGGGGGUGGGGAAGGUGGUCAUAGAAAUAUGAUCAGCUUCAGGAUUUGACAUGUAUGAAGUGAUAAUACAUUUCAACUUUUGAGUUUUUUUUUGCGCUUUUCUCUGACAAUUUUAUUUAUGCCAGCCUUUGAGACUUAGAAAGGAUUUAAAUCACUUUUCAUAGCACGAUUAUUGUAGUGCUUAAUGCUUUAAAAAGGCAUACAGAUGGGGUUGAGACAUUCCUGUUGAGGCAGUUUUUUCUGCAUUAGCCCUAAGAACCUAAUUUUGUAGGGCAGUAGUCUCCAGGUGUUAUAUCUAGCUCCUUUUGACAGUGAGAAGUGUGUUAAAGUUUUUAAUACUGUGGUCUGUUUUGAACAGUUUUGAGAAGAGGUGGCUUUAGUAUCAUUUAUAGGACUCAAAAGGAAAAUGCCUCGGAGAAAGUAUGGAAAAGCAUUCUGCUCUGAGGUUGCCUUAUUGCAAAAGGAGAAAUCAUUUAGAAGUUCAUAUUUGGAGGGCAUUAGAUUGAAUAAAAAUGUGUUUUCCUAUUGGUCUGUCAGCUACAAUUACAAUUAACUUCGAAUAUUCAGAAUUUGUCUCUUUUUUCAGGAGAAAAGCCAUCAAAUUAAUAAAUUUAAUUUUAGAUAAAUUUAAAUGUCUGUUUUGCAGAGUGGUUGUCUUAAUCCAGAACUGAAAAAUUCCUGAUGGUCUUACUGAAGAUUUAUCUAAUGGUCAACAAAUAUCUGUUUUGUUGAGGUUUGGUGGACAUAAUAAUCAUUUUUUAGUCUUCAGAAAACUUUUCUCCUCCUCCCUCUUUUCUCUGCUUUCUAUACCCUUCAACAAAAAGCAUUAAAAGGAAAACAUACUCAAUAAAAUCAAACCUUUAGUCAGUGCCUUUAUCUUCUCAGAGAUUCUCUUGGAAAUACUGCCUGCCGAAAAGGAAGAGAAGGAAAUACCUCUUCUAAAAUUUUCUUUUUAUCUUCUUGCAGCAUCUUCUAACUAGCAGAAAUAAUACAAUUUUCAAGUUGUUUUGUAAGUUGGAUGUUUCUGGUUUUGUGUGGAAUGUCUUGUUUCCCAUUAGGGCAGUGGGUGUCUCACAAGUUCUAGGUUACCGUAUGACAGCCAUAUCCAUUUACAGACAUUUAAGAAGCUUUAUAACAAUGUAUUUCCAGGGAGUAGGCAGUACUUGAUUUUCUGUAUUUAAAUUUUCUGAGGCAGAUGAUAACAUCUGGUAAACACCACCUGCCUAUUCCAUCCAGGACCCUAACUAGUCAUAAGGUUAGCCCCAAACUCUGUUAGGGUUCAUAGUAUUUUAAGAUUCAUUUUUGUGUCCUUUAUUAUGAAUAUAAUUAGUAUUUUCUCCCCUUUCGGGUGCUUUAAGAUCUUAAUACCUGUUCCAAUAUGAGACUACCACAGUAAGACAAGAAAGGGCAAUGCUGUAGUAGGCAGUUAGUUAAGCGCUUAAGUUAGGCCGCUUUGUUAUGAGGUUGAUGAGUUUUUGUCCUUAGUUCGAAAUGAUUAAUAUUCUCACUGACGGAAGUAUCAGCUGUGAUCAUAUAGAUUGCUCUUUCCCGUAGAACUGAAGUGUAUUUUAAAAGUUUUUUUUCUUUUUAUAAAGAAUGUCUUGUUGCGCCGUGAUUGCUAGACUGAAAGUUUCCUCAUCACGUGGUGAGACCCUCCUCUAAUUCAAUCUUUGUCUUUUGUCUUUGCUGCCUUGCAGGGUUGGUACAGUAGGCUUCACUAGACUUAGCUGCAACUCAGAAUUUCUCCUCCAGCACCUGAGUAAAUGCUGAUGGUCUUGUGGAGAGUGGAUUAAGAGUACGAGCUAAGUUCUCAAUCCCAAUUAAGAAGCGGAAAAUUUAAACUGUCUUCUUCAAAGUUUAUCACAACCACCACCAUCAAGACAGCAAACCAAAGGACAAAGACUUUGACCUGCUGUGUUGCUCUGUAUAGUCCAGUUCACGUAUGGUUUACAGACUUGGCUGGGGUUACUAAAAAUAAAGUUGGACACUUCUGUCAUUGGACGCUAUUAUUCACAAGUUACCAGAAUGAGAGCUGUACUGGACACAGCAGACAUUGCCAUAGUGGCCCUGUAUUUUAUCCUGGUCAUGUGCAUUGGUUUUUUUGCCAUGUGGAAAUCUAAUAGAAGCACCGUGAGUGGAUACUUCCUGGCGGGGCGCUCUAUGACCUGGGUAGCAAUCGGUGCCUCUCUGUUUGUGAGCAAUAUUGGGAGUGAGCACUUCAUUGGGCUGGCAGGAUCUGGAGCUGCAAGUGGAUUUGCAGUGGGCGCAUGGGAAUUCAAUGCCUUACUGCUUUUACAACUUCUGGGAUGGGUUUUCAUCCCAAUUUACAUCCGGUCAGGGGUAUAUACCAUGCCUGAAUACUUGUCCAAGCGAUUUGGUGGUCAUAGGAUUCAGGUCUAUUUUGCAGCCUUGUCUCUGAUUCUCUAUAUUUUCACCAAGCUCUCAGUGGAUCUGUAUUCAGGUGCCCUCUUUAUCCAGGAGUCUUUGGGUUGGAAUCUUUAUGUGUCUGUCAUCCUGCUCAUUGGCAUGACUGCUUUGCUGACUGUCACCGGAGGCCUUGUUGCAGUGAUCUACACAGACACUCUACAGGCUCUGCUCAUGAUCGUUGGGGCACUUACACUUAUGAUUAUUAGCAUAAUGGAGAUUGGCGGGUUUGAGGAAGUUAAGAGAAGGUACAUGUUGGCCUCACCCAACGUCACUUCCAUCUUGUUGACAUACAACCUUUCCAACACAAAUUCUUGUAAUGUCCACCCUAAGAAAGAAGCCCUGAAAAUGCUGCGAGAUCCAACAGAUGAAGAUGUUCCUUGGCCUGGAUUCAUUCUGGGGCAGACCCCAGCCUCGGUAUGGUACUGGUGUGCUGACCAAGUCAUCGUGCAGAGGGUCCUUGCAGCCAAAAACAUUGCUCAUGCCAAAGGCUCCACUCUUAUGGCUGGCUUCUUAAAGCUUCUGCCAAUGUUUAUCAUAGUUGUUCCAGGAAUGAUUUCCAGGAUACUGUUUGCUGAUGAUAUAGCUUGCAUCAAUCCAGAGCACUGCAUGCUAGUGUGUGGAAGCAGAGCUGGUUGCUCCAAUAUUGCUUACCCACGCCUGGUAAUGAAGCUGGUUCCUGUGGGCCUUCGGGGCUUAAUGAUGGCAGUGAUGAUUGCAGCUCUGAUGAGUGACUUGGACUCUAUCUUUAACAGUGCCAGUACCAUAUUCACCCUCGAUGUGUACAAACUUAUCCGCAAGAGCGCAAGCUCCCGGGAGUUAAUGAUUGUGGGGAGGGUAUUUGUGGCAUUUAUGGUGGUGAUCAGCAUAGCAUGGGUGCCAAUCAUCGUGGAGAUGCAAGGAGGCCAGAUGUACCUUUAUAUUCAGGAGGUAGCAGAUUACCUGACACCCCCAGUGGCAGCCCUGUUCCUUCUGGCAAUUUUCUGGAAGCGCUGCAAUGAACAAGGGGCUUUCUAUGGUGGAAUGGCUGGCUUUGUUCUUGGAGCAAUCCGUUUGAUACUGGCCUUUGCCUACCGUGCCCCAGAGUGUGACCAACCUGAUAACAGGCCAGGUUUCAUCAAAGACAUCCAUUAUAUGUAUGUGGCCACAGUAUUGUUUUGGGUCACGGGACUCAUUACUGUAAUUGUGAGCCUUCUCACGCCACCUCCCACAAAGGAACAGAUUCGUACCACCACCUUUUGGUCUAAGAAGAACCUUGUGGUGAAGGAGAGCUGCUCCCCGAAAGAGGAACCAUAUAAAAUGCAAGAAAAGAGCAUUCUGAGAUGCAGUGAGAAUAAUGAGGCCAUCAACCACAUCAUUCCUAAUGGGAAAUCUGAAGACAGCAUUAAGGGCCUUCAGCCUGAAGAUGUUAAUCUUUUGGUAACCUGCAGAGAGGAGGGCAACCCAGUGGCUUCCUUAGGUCAUUCAGAGGCAGAAACACCAGUUGACGCUUACUCCAAUGGGCAAGCAGCUCUCAUGGGUGAGAAAGAGAGAAAGAAGGAAACGGAGGAUGGAGGUCGGUACUGGAAGUUCAUAGACUGGUUUUGUGGCUUUAAAAGUAAGAACCUCAGCAAGCGGAGUCUCAGAGACCUGAUGGAGGAGGAGGCUGUUUGUUUACAGAUGCUGGAAGAGACUCGGCAAGUUAAACUAAUACUAAAUAUUGGACUUUUUGCUGUGUGUUCACUUGGAAUUUUCAUGUUUGUUUAUUUCUCCUUAUGA